UGUCAAGCCUACCACUUUUAUAAAAGUCCUUGUCGAAAAUGGCGGAUGUAGGCGUUUAUAACUUCAGUGAAGACUUUAAAGUGACCGAAGACGUUAAAAGGGAUUUUGAAGAGCAUGGCUUUGUUAUUCUUAAAGGAUUAUUGGACAAAGAAGAAGUGUCAUUGAUAGAAAGUGCCAUCAAAGGACCGGGUUUCACCGAGAACAUUUACGGGGAUCAGGAAUAUGGUAAGAAAACCGAUAAGGUUUUAUGGAAACACCCCGGAAAUGACAUUACGGGAAUGUUGGCACGGAGUGAGAAAGUUGCAGGUAUAACUGAGCAGCUUCUAGGAGGAGAGGUAUACCAUUACCACACAAAACUGAUGAUGAAGGAAGGUGGACGGGGAGCAAGACACGUGUGGCAUCAGGACUAUGGGUACUGGUACUGGAAUGGCUGUCUAUUCCCUGACAUGCUGACCGUAUUUAUUCCAUUGGACUAUUGUAGGAAAGAAAACAGCUGUCUUCAGUUACUACGGGGUUCCCAUAAAUGUGGCAGGAUCGAACAUAAGCCAAUAGGAGAACAGAAUGGAUGUGACGUAGACCGAGUAAAGGAGAUCAUGGAGGUGUGCCCUCAUCAGUUCAUGGAAAUGGACCCUGGAGAUGCGAUAUUUUUCCAUUGUAACAUCAUCCACUCUAGUAGUGACAAUGACAGUGACAAGAGAAGGUGGGCGUUUCUAACAGCAUUUAACAAGGCGACCAACAACCCAACUAAGGAACACCAUCAUCCGCAGUAUACACCUCUCGAAAAGGUGCCCAACUCUGCUAUCAAAACUUGUAAGAACUUCACGGACAUGACAGGUAAAAUCUUCGUGGAUCCAGCCAGAGACCUGACGUAUAAAGGCAACUUUAUGAACCUGAAUCAAUCCUAAGAUCGCUGCUGAUAUACACUGAUCAGUAGUUGUAUACGUUAUAUAAAAUUUGUGGCAAUAUCAAUCUAAGAAGUUUGAUAGAAUUAAAACAUUUAGCAAUUUGGACAACGUGUAAUUGGUUUUGUGAAAUCAAUGACACAGUGUACAUUUUCUUUUUGAUGUACAGCCUCUAGAUAAAU